CUCAUUAUGUGUUCGGAACCUACUACUGCUUCACAUUGUAUCAUCACUACGGGCACCGGAGUUUGCUUAGCACCAGGCGUAUCGACUAAUAGUGGUAACCCAAGCAAGAUGCUGUAUGCUACUAUGUUUUUAACCUUUGUUAUGUACAUAUCGGCGGUAGUACUUGGUGAUCAGAUAAUUUCCAACACUGCAGUUGUCAUACCCGAUGGUAUUAAUGUGUGAUUCUUACACUGAUGAAUGUAAUUGGCACCAGCACUGGCUAUUUAGUUUUCCCAGACACGAAUGGAAUAUCGGCAGACGCUGGAACGCCGGAGCUUUCAAUAUAAUUGCACAUUGGUCUUGCUUCAGAUGUGUAAAUUUCCAGUUGGAAGAACGGCUGACUCGACAAUUGUGUAAGCUAAAACGAUCGAUCCAGCAUUAUCACGCUUUCUCUCGUUCUAGGCCGUGAGCUUGUGGUAGCAUCCUCUCACAAACCCAAAGCUGUUCCCACGACCUCUUACCUAGCUUAUCUAAGACUCCAAGUGCGGCUGGCGCGGCGUUCUGAAUUUUCCUGGGAUGCUAUCCAACGGCAUCCCUGACAACAUAUACUAAAGCUACUUAUACUAAAGCUACUUGCACUAGUGCGAACCAGACUGGUACCUACGCAGUUCAAAGCCAACAUCGGUUGGUGCAAGGCUAAAAUUUUCACAAACAUGUCAGUAA